AUGCGACACUCAAAAAAGAUGCAGAUCACUGAAAAGGAUGGCCUAUACGCACCCAGCAAAAAGUCACAGAACUUAAGAAGAAACAAUGGAUCAUCCGGGAAACAACUACAACAGCUUUCCAUGCUUUACCAAGAUGCUAUGGACCUUUACAACCAAUCUACUCUAGCAGAGACAAUUCAAGAUAUGCUACGGACAAAGAACCGACCACGCAUAACCAGAAUUGUUUCUCUGGGCUUAGGGAGUUUACUCGACGCUAAGGAUCAACAGCGUCGCAUCAAACAACUGGUCAUGUUGAUGGCCAUUGCAUCGCAUCUCACAAUCCCCAAGAGCACUCUUCAGAUCUAUGCCCAAGACCCGACAUUUACAGCAGUUGAUGAGACUUUCCUGGCGAGCCUUGGAAUUGUCGUGUUAAAAACACCAUCAAUUGCCGACCUGGGUGAGGCUGGACAAAUGAUGGACCAAGAAACCCUUGUCUACAGCCCUUUCCUCACUCUCGAGACAUACAAAUUGUUGUUAUCCUCAUCACAAACUUCCCAAGUCCCAGUCAACGUGCCCAUGUUGAUAAGCGAUGACUUCAAUGCGCUAAGAUUGAAAUGGGACAAGCGAACUUUGGAGAGAAAAGAUGUUGAAGGGUUGAUCCAAGGUACAAGACUGGGCUAUCGCCGACGCGCAGUCAAUGGCGAAGGGUUCUGGACAGACUUGGACAGACCCUUUCCUCUGGCAUUGUACCUCAGACAGUCGACACCUACUCGAAAUGCGGAUACAGUACCGAAGGCAAGCGUGUUUUCGCAGUUUGAGAAAUCGUCGAUUCCGAUAUAUGCUUAA